AUGGCGACUACAACUAUGGUGGUAUCACCGUUAGCCAUGCAGCCGACACCUAAAAACAAACGCAGACUGUUCGCUGAAGCCAGGCAGAAUAGUCUACAGAAGCUGAGUGUGAUAUUCGACCAUGGACAUAAGAAUGGCAAUGGUGGGGAGACGACAUGGUGUUUCAGCCAGGUGAAGGGCACGUUGGAGGACGACGUCACCGAGGCCGACCUUAUAUCAUGUGUAGAGUUUAAUCACGAUGGCGAGCUACUUGCCACCGGCGAUAAGGGGGGCAGAGUUGUUAUAUUUCAGAGGGACCCAGCAUCAAAGCAAUGUGUGCCUAAGAAGGGCGAGUACAAUGUAUAUUCGACGUUCCAGUCACACGAGCCAGAGUUCGACUACCUUAAAUCGUUGGAGAUUGAGGAAAAAAUAAAUAAAAUUAGGUGGCUCAAAAGAAAGAACCAGGCACAUUUCCUGUUGUCAACUAAUGACAAAACCAUUAAGUUAUGGAAGGUGUCAGAGCGCGAUAAGCGAGUGACGGGCUACAACACGAGAGAGGAGGGCGGGCGGCCGCGGGACCCGGCGCGCGUGACGUCGCUGCGGGUGCCCACCGUGCGCCCCGCCGACCUCAUGGUGGAGGCCUCGCCCAGGCGGAUAUUUGCUAACGCACACACAUACCACAUAAACUCGAUCUCACUGAAUUCGGAUCAAGAGACUUACCUGUCUGCGGACGACCUUCGCAUCAACCUGUGGCAUCUCGAAAUAACGGACCAGAGCUUUAACAUCGUUGAUAUUAAACCCGCCAAUAUGGAGGAACUCACCGAGGUAAUUACAGCAGCGGAGUUCCACCCAUCUGAAUGCAAUCUCUUUGUAUAUUCUAGUAGUAAGGGCACGAUACGGCUGUGCGACAUGCGCGCGGCGGCGCUGUGCGACCGGCACGCCAAGCUGUUCGAGGAGCCGGAGGACCCGCACGCGCGCUCCUUCUUCUCCGAGAUCAUCUCCUCCAUCAGCGACGUCAAGCUCAGCAACUCGGGCAGAUACAUGAUGUCUAGAGAUUACUUAGGUUUAAAAGUAUGGGAUCUUAGAAUGGAAACUAAGCCUGUAGAAACAUAUCCAGUACAUGAGUAUCUACGCUCAAAACUAUGCUCAUUGUACGAGAACGAUUGUAUCUUUGAUAAGUUUGAAUGUUGCUGGAGUGGAGACGAUCAGCGACUUAUGACCGGAUCUUAUAAUGGAUUCUUUAGGAUAUUCGAGCGAGGGGGCGCGGGCUCGGGCGGGGCGGGGGCCGCCGGCGGCGCGCGGCGCGGCGAGCUGACGCUGGAGGCCUCUCGAGACGCCGCGGCGCGCCCGCGCCAGCCGCUGCGCGCGCGCCGCGUCGCCGCCACCUCCAAGCGGAAGAAGGACGAAAUAAGCGUAGACUGUUUGGACUUCAAUAAGAAAAUACUUCAUACGGCAUGGCAUCCCCACGAAAGUAUCAUAGCAGUAGCGGCAACAAACAACCUAUUUAUAUUCCAAGACAAAUUCUAGCGGGUACCUUAGUUUAGCCUCAGGUGAGAGAGGACGUAUAAAUAACAUUGGUAUGGGUUUUUUUAGAAGUGGUCAUACACAUAAAUGGUUGUACAUGUAAAUAAUUUUGGUUCAUAAUGUUUGAUUGACAACAGUAAUUCAAUUUUAUGCUGGAAUCAUUAAAAAUAUACAAUAAUUGGCAACUUCUAAAAACUUCUUUAUGCUGCUUUUCAUUUUCAUAAUAGAAGGCAAUGCAAGCAAUAAUUAGAAUUAAAAUACUUGAGAAAUGCUUAAAGAUGAGGUUGAAAAAUAUGGAAAAGUAGAUUUCGUUAGCAGAAAAGUUAUUAAAAAGAGAAUAAAUUUAAAAUUGAACUAAAUAAUCUUUUAAAACAUGGUUGUAAAACAGAGUAUAAAUAUUGAAACAAUUUCAUUGCAUAAAGUAAAGCUUAAGUUGAUAUGUUAAAGUGGAAAUAUUAUAAAACGAUUUACAUUAUGUAAAAAUAAAGGCUUCUAGAUAUAAAAGAAAUAAGCAAAAUAAAGAAU